AUGGGACAAAAAAAGAAAAACAAAAAAGGCGGAAGAGAGAGCAGCGGGGGCGAAAAAGAAAACAGAAGAGGCGGGGAAAAAGAAAGGGACGAGAAUCAAGGGGAGAAAAGAUGGAGAAGAGAAGUGGAAGAAAAGGAAGACCCCGGAUCUAGAACCAGCGCAAACAGAAGCAAGGGAAAAGAAAGAGAAGGUAAGAGGGAAACAAGGGAAGUAAGAGAGGAACUGCAAACCAAGAGAGAAGAAGAAAGAAAGAGAAUAGGAAGAGAAAAAGAGGGAGAAGAGAACAGACAGAAGGACGAAAAAAAUAAAGCGAAGAGUCAAAGGAAAGAAAACGCAAGGGAAGAAGGGGAAUCGAGCAGCUCUGACAGCAGUUCCGAUGAUGAAUCGGAGGAAGAGGAGCAAACACCCAACUGUAAUUCAAGAACAAAGUUGGAACGCCUCCAGGAUAGUGUAGCGGCCCUUGAAAAACUCAUGGUUGAGGUGCCAAAUACAAGGGUUGCCAUAAAGCAGGAGGUCGACAACCUGAGAAACCGGUUGUUCGAUUAUACCGAGGAACUGGAGGAAAGCAAGAAGAAAGAAGAGGUUCCAAGGAAGUCUAUUUGCACGACAUCCAGAGGUGUGCAGACGAACAUGGAGCCCUUGAAAGUCAAGAAAAUGGCGUCAAUGGGUGUUCAAGUGGACCUAGAGAACCCAGAAGCCAUUAAAAGGAGGGUGGACGCCAUCACGGAAAAAAUGGAAAUAUGCGAGUACGAGGAAAUAACAGAGUUCUUAAAUGAGGACUGGCCGGAGGAAGUCUUCCAAAGAACUGACGUGAAAGAGGGGGACAUCUCUGAUAUAGCAGCAGACGUGGCAGUAUUUGUUACCAACAACGACGAGGACAAAAAAGCCAUGGAAACGGUGAAAGGUAUGUUUCCUGACCUACCAGGUGUUCCAGCGGAGGUAGAUGAGGAUGGAGGCCUGGGAACUGUGAGAGUCACGAUGUCUGCCCAUGUAGAUGGAACGUGGAUUGACAAGGAGAAAUAUGGAUUCAAACUUAUCCCAAACAAGAAGGAAGAACUCUAG